CAAAGUCUCAGGAGCUUUUUCCAGACAAACGCAAUCAACCCCUGAGCUCCAGCUCGGAACUAGGAUUAAUAAUCAAUUAUCGAUACAUUUCUUCAUCAUCGCAAGGAUGACAGACGCAAAGCAAAUCAUGGCACAGAAAAGUGCUAAAAUUGCAGCUGGAGCUGUUGUGUGUGUUGAGAGUGAAAUAAGAGGAGAUGUGACUAUUGGUGCGAGAACAGUUGUCCACCCCAAAGCACGGAUCAUAGCAGAGGCAGGCCCCAUUGUCAUCGGAGAGGGGAAUCUAAUAGAGGAGCAGGCACUUAUUAUUAACAGUUAUCCAGAGAAUAUAAUGCCAGACACAGAGGGAGUUGAGCCAAAAACUAUGACGAUUGGGACCAAUAAUGUCUUCGAGGUUGGAUGUGUCUCUCAAGCUUUGAAAAUCGGAGACAACAAUGUGAUUGAGUCUAAAGCUGAUCUUGGGAGAAAUGUGAUCCUGGCCAGUGGAUGCAUCAUCGGCGCGUGCUGCCAGGUCAACACGUGCGAGGUCGUGCCGGAGAACACGGUCGUGUACGGCUCAAACUGCAUCCGGCGUGUGCAGAGUGAAAAGCCACAGCCUCAGACUCUGCAGCUCGACUUCCUUAUGAAGAUUCUGCCCAACUAUCACCACCUGAAGAAGACGGUCAAAGGAAACAGCACACCUGUGAGAAACUGAAGAUGGAGCUGGAUCCAGGUUACCUCCUGCAACCCAAAGCAUCUGCACACACAGAUACCAGACACUGACGUCCCCUCAACUUGCAUUUGUCUUACGCUUUAGUGUUGCUCCCUAAUGUCUAGUAGAAUACCUCUGGCACUGACAAUGCCCAUCACACCUUCUACAUUUCUUCCUGCAUCUGAGGAAUGCCGUCAUUCUUCAACACGUGACAAUUUCUGCUUUUGCACUUUUGCUUUUAGAUCAAUAUUAAGACUAUUUAUAAUACAUUUUGGAAAUUUCCUGUGCCAUUUUUAUGUUAAUAAAUUAUACUCAUAUAUAUUUAUAAUUGUUCCAAUGAAGAUACAUAGAUAUGGCAAUAAAGAUUCUAAUAAUUAA